AUGGUUAUUUUGUAUCAACAGUUGCCAUUUCCUUUGGAUUCCCUCUACUGCGACCCGGAUCGUAAGGCCUAUGAUGUUCUGGGCUUGUAUUACGGACUUGGCCGUACAUUUUUCAACCCAGCCAGCGUCAAAGUGUUUUCACGAUUUGAGGACCUGAAAAAGGCCAUGAAGAACUACACUAUUAGAGCCACUCCAGAUGACAGAAGUAGCGUCCUGCAACAGGGAGGAAUGUUUGUGUUUAAAGGAAAGCAAUUAUUAUAUGCAAGAAAAGACGAAGGAACCGGUGACCAUGCGCCGUUGGAUGAUAUCCUCAAUAUCUGCUGCAAAGUUCCUACUGCAUGA